AAAACGUUUGUAUCGUCCGCCAUUUUGUAUUUGUGUCUCAUGCGUCUCGCAAGCCAUUCGAAGUCAAAAGGAUUUUAUUGAAGAACAAGAAAAACUAUGGGAUCAAAAGGCAAUGCUGAAGUGAAUUACGUGCAUCAAAAUGCUAUUUUAUGCGAAACGAUCAAGAAAGAGCAACGAAAUCACAAGUUAUACACAAACUACAGUAUCAAUCCAUUCAAGAAAAUGUACACACUGACCGGAAAACCUAAUUCUGUGCACGAUUCUGCGGAUGGUGAAGAGGACGACAAUUUUUUAGAAGUCAUUAAAAAGUCUAAUGAAACACCAGUUAAAAAAUUUCAAUUCCCACAAACGUCUGCCCAAGAAAUUGGAUGGAAUACAGAGCCGCUGAUUGACAGACUGUGGAAAGAUCGUCUUGAUCAUCCUAUAGUUAAUGCUGAAAUCACAAAAUUUAUGGAUAAGAAAUGGAUGGUUAAAGAACAGACAGAAAUUAAUCAGAGUUGAAUAGAUGUUUCAGUGUAAAUUCCAAGGAUAUUUCAGGCUUUCAAAUUUGUGUACUUUAUUUUUCAAACCCUGAAAUUGCACUCUGAUAUCUAAACUAAUAGAGCAUGACUUGCAACAUUAUUGUAGAGGCACAAUAAAAAUAUACAGGUAUCUUUAUAGCAAAUAUUUUCCUUUAUUUAAAGUUCUAUCAGCCAAAAUACCUGUGCUGCUUUAAUUUUAGCCUGUAGACAGGUUUUAAUUGGUACGUGUAACAACUGAUUACUCAAUAACUGGGAGAGGAUCAUCAUCUGGUCAUCAGGAAAAUGCUCCCAGUAUAUGCAUCAUAAUCAAUACUUUUUUAAACUCGUAAUGGUUGUUCUUCAACUUCUAUUUCCUCAAAUGUUCCUAGUAGUUAUGAAAAAACAUUGUACACAUGUUUGGUUAUAUUUAAUUAUGUUGUAAAUUAUGUUUUUCCUAAAUAAGAACCUUUUGAUUUAUAUAGUUACUGUAAGUUUUCAUCACUGGGCAUUUAGAUGUCAUUUUUGAGCUGUAAGCUGUCAUUUCUCCAUGGUCAUACCAGAGCUGUUGUUUCUAAUAUUAGAAGACUAGUUUAGUUGACAUAAACUGGAGAAUUUCCUAA